AUGGCAUCAGCAUUGCUCUGGCUUCAGCUUGCCUACUCACUGGCUGGCCCAAUCGAUGAGCAUGGCUGCGGUGAGACUUCGUCCCUGCUGCAAGCAAAGCUCGGGAACGCAAAGCAUUGGGUGCUAGCUGAUGUAGGAGACACCUGUGACGAUGCUUGUGCCGCGAGGGGCAGGAGCUGUGACCCGGAGACAACAGUUGGUGAUAUCAGUGACGCAGAGUUUGAUCAGCUUGUCAAGGACAACCACCUGACGAUGGACGAAAAGUUCAGCUUGUUUCCAAACGACGUUGGCCCAUACACGCCAACGGUCCAGAUCAUGCGUGGUGCAGUGAAAAGGCGAUACCAGGUGUGA